UAUUUAUUUAUUCCAAAAGAGCCAUCGACGUUUCUGGAACCGAUUUCCCAAAGUCAAGCCCUAGUCUCUCUUCCAUCGUCUGCAUUCCUUUCCCUCCCCCCUUGUCAGAAUCUCCCAUUGUUCAGAUUUUUCUUUGGAGAACUUGCCGAUAAUUUAGGUUCUGAGGUUUUCCCAUAUUGCACAUAAGAUGUACUUCCGACCAUCAUCAUACCGAAAUGCAGUUAUUGAGUUAGUUUUCUUUUAUAAAUGGACUGCAAGAAGUUUAUUCAAUUGGUUGAGGAGAAAAAGAAGAGAGCUUUGGAGAAAAAAGAAGCCCUUUUGAAAUGGGAACAGAAGCUAGAAGUUGCUGCAAAGGCAAAGGCAGAUGCUGAGGCAAAAAAGGAGAGGUCAAAGAGUGUAAAGCACAAAAGGUCUGUUUCUGAAUCUGAUACUGAUCCUGAGAGCCACAGUAGUUAUGGACGAAGAAAAAGGAGGAGGAGAACCCACAAAAAGCAUCAGAAGCAUUCUCACUAUGAUUCAGGUGAGUGUGAGAAGAAAGAGGACAAGAAGUCAAACCGAAAGCUGAAGAGACGAUCAUCAUCAGGCUCUAGUGAUGAUAGCAGUGAUGAAUGUGAUAGUGGUUAUGAAGAAGCAAGGAGGAAAAUGCGGAGCCAAAGAAGAUGGAAGUGUCAUGAUUCAAGAUCAGAUUUAGAAUCUUUUGAUUCUUCAAAUGAUGACAAUGAUGAUAUAGUCAAAAGAAGUCAUGUAAAGCACCACAUAUGCCGUCGGGGUUCAGAGGCUAAUGAUUCAUAUACUUCAAGUGGUGAGGAUGAUAAUAGAAUUUGGAAGAGAAGUCAUGCUACACGCCACAAAUGCCAUCAGCCCUCAGAGUCUAGUGCUUCAGAAUCUUCAAGUGAUGAAGUUGAUGGUGCACCAAGAAGGAAAAGCUAUGCAAAAUGCCAUAAGCGUCGUCAUAGUGUUAACCGUAGAUCCCUAGAUUCUGAUGAUGAGAGAGGUUAUCGAAGGAGUCGAUCUUCAGGAAAGUCAUCAGAUGAUGGUCAUGAGUCCAGGCAUAAGAAAAGUGGUCAUCACCCUUAGCGUCACCAUCACUAUCACAAACAUCAACUGCAGUCUUAUGAGAAAAAUCUACAUCAGCAGUCUAAAGUGAAGAAUCAAGUGUUUGAGAAUUCAGCUGAACCAAAUGGAAAGAAUCAUGAAGAUCUCGAAUGUUGAGAAACGCCAAAAGAGAACGAGAAAAAUAUUGCUCAUGAUCAUCAAAAUUGAUAGAUAGAACCCCGUUCUAAUUUUUGACUAGUAGUCUAUUAGUUGAUUGGUUGCAUAUGUUAGAAAUGGUUUUACCUAGACUACAGUUACAGUUACCUUUUUAUUGGUGAUGAAAUUUGUGGAAGACUUUGUGAAAUUUCUUUGUGGUCAGGUCUUACAUUUUAAGUGUCUGCUCUAUUCAAAGGUUGAUUCGGAAGUUUAACUAAAUUUAUCUUUACAAAUUGUAUGCGGUGGUAGUCACCGACUCAUUAAGACUCUGUAUGGGUUUGUAAAUGCGAUUCUUUGUAGUGCCAGCAGUUUGGAUGGCA